UAAAUUACGUGGUUGAGAGUUUAGGAUGAGAAGACCUAGAAGAUAUCAAUUUUUCAAUCGUAACCGUCCAUAGAGUCUCAUCCAACAGUCAGUAUUAGUUGCUGUACUUACUAUAUAAAACUUUGGUCCGAAAGUUAUCAUUUUAUCAUAAAAAAAGAAAAACAAAAACAAAAAUGUUCUCUCCAAUUCUCCUCCUCCGCCGUCUGUGGUGGCCGGAAAUCGCACCACCACCACCUCCAUAUACCUAUCCCAUAUCAAUAGAUCGAUGAGUGUUGUUUAAUUUGCAGAGGAGGAUAUAUAUAUAUAUGUGUGUGUGUGUUAUAACCGGUCUCCUAAUCCUCUUUGAUGCUCUUUGUUUGACACCAAACCGCACCACCAGUGGUGGUGGUGGUGUUUGUUGUCAAACGGAGUAUCAGUGAAGAUGACGGAGUCCGAUUUAUCGGAUUAAUAACUCAAUCUUUCAGAUUAUCUAUGGAGCAGCUGAAGGUUAACAUUGAUCAAAUGAUAGAGCAGCUGAAACAAAGGAGCGUGGGUCAGUCUACUGUGGACUCGUUUGAACUGAUGGGGAAACUGGAACAAUCAAAAUUAUAUAUGCUUGCUGAAGUCCCCUAUGCCUACUGUCCAUACUCAUUCUGUAAGGCCUCAACAACCCUAUGCCUACUGCCUACUGCCCAUACUCAUUCUACAAGGCCUCAACAGCCCCCUAUGGCGGGCUGCUUCAUCUAUGGUGUCUCAACAGCCCGCUCCUUUAUCUAUGACGUUUCAACAACAUCAACAACAGCUACUCCUUAUGGCUCAACAGCCCGCUCCUUCAUCUUUGACGCUUCAGCAACAAGUCCUCCUUUUGGCUGCUUCAUCUAUGGGGUCUCAACAACAAUCCUCCAUGGUGGUUCCACAACUCCCUAGGGCUGCUGCUUCAUCUAUGGGGUCUCAACAGCCUGCCCCUUCAUCUAUGGGGUCUCAACAACAAUUUUUUUUUAUGUCUGCUACAUGGUCUCAACAACAAUCCUCCGUGGUUCCACAACUCCCUAGGGCACCACCAUCACAGCCCUCUCGUCCCAGGGGGUUUCAAAGACCACUCCCACUGCCACCACCCCCUCCUUCUACGGGGCUUCAAGUACAACCACCAUUUCCCCCUCCCGAGUGGGAUUUUAUGUGGGGAUCGACCGAUGAACAACGUUAUGUUACUGUAGACGAUGGCCACUAUUGGUUUAACACAGUGGUGGAUAAUUUUGAAGCUAUAAUAGUUCCUGAGAGAUAUCGUACCAAUUUACGUACCAAUAGUCCCACUUAUAGCUUCAUCAAUUCACAGUACUUUGAUGACAUUGGGAUUCCUGUAACAAUAACGAGCAGUGAGUUACAUAGAGAAGUCAAUCCAUUCACUUGCCUGGGAUUGUUAUCUGCCACACACGCUGACCAAUUGAAACUGUUUUGGCCAUCACUAAGGAGAAAAUUUCGUGAGGGAAUUGAUAAUUCACUUAUCUUAUCCGUGGAAGAUAUCUGGAUCAAAAUACAUGCUUUGUAUUUCCAUCGAGAGAGAAGGGUCAUAUCAAGCGGGUCCCUCUAACCGAGCUCGGCCUUGGAACCAAGCAGGUCCCUCUAACCAAGCGGAUCCCUCUAACUGACCUGUUCAGCGUCGGAAAACGCGACAAACUUUACAAGGUAUUGAGCUAGAUUACUUACGUUUUGUAAAAUCUUGCAUGAACUGAUUCUUAUAAAUAGAAGUUACCAGAGAUUCUAGAUGGGCAUUUAGUAUACACGCUCGGACAUCAACAGAUAACAAUGAAUAACUCACUUAACUUAGAUCUUCUUUAAUAUAGUUUUAGUUCCCUUGACUGUAUGACUUUUAGCUUCAAUUCUAUUUAGAUUGGGACUAAACCAGUUUACUCUCCAACUUACAAAUACAUUUAUGUAAUACAAGUAUAUAUAGAGUGCCUCCUACUGCUGCUUUAUUUCCGCGUCUCUCUUUUGCUUGCUUAUUCUACUUCUUAAUAUAUAUAAUCCUUUAUUUCACUAAUCUAUAUUUAUAUAUUAUUAACACCAGAGGAUGAGGAUGAGGAUGCAGCCCUCUCAUAGACCCAAAUGUCAGAUUUUAAGUUGGCAGAAUUAAGACUGCAAAUCAGUUAUAUUAUAUUAUAUUGUCACAAAGUUACUUCACAUUUUACACAAUCAUUCUCCGAUGUGUGAGAACUGCCUCCAUCUCCUACUAAUAAUCAAUUCAAUGACAACAAAAUUCUAAAAAUCCUUUACAUAUAUCUCUUAACUAUGCAUUGAGUAUGUGGAAAGGGAGGCAAACAAAUUAGACACAGCCAAUGCAAAACAAUACUGUAAGCAAAAAAAUCGUGUCAUUGGUGUUUGAUUUACUAAUUGUUUAUAGAUUCCUUCCACAUCUUUGGUAACUCACCGUACUGAUGUCAACAUAUAGGCAGAGCAAUUUCUAUAUCUAAAUAGACUUCAGUUUCUUAUUUUAGGAUUAAGGCAUUUUUCUAUUCUUUUUCAUUUUAAGGAAUAAUAGGACAUUGUGAGACUGAAAAUAUGAUUGUGUUUUUUCUCAUUUUUAUCAUCCUGAUUGAAAUUUUUUUGAUUCUUCUUACUUCUUUUAGUAAAAUAGGGAUUGAUAUCUGUUUUUUUUUUUUUGUACAAAUUUAUGUCUGUAUUUUGGUUGUCAAGUUUUCAGAAUCGUACCAAACUUCUACGUAUUUUGCACUCAAAUUUGUUGCUAUUAUUGUUAAUGAUGUUUUCUUUUAUCAGGCUGCUUUUAAAAACAUGCACAACUAUUUUCUAAGUAGCAACAUUUGUUACGUUGUCAAUAUUAGAUAGCCUUGGCGAAAACAAAAAAAAAAAUAUUAGAUGGGGGAUCCCUGCUAUUACUUAUUGUUAUAGGUAAUACUUGAUAUUGUUCUUCUCUCAUUUUAUAUGAUUUGCUUUGCCGGUAAGAAAAUUGAUAAGUUAUGUAGCUUUACAUCUAUAUGAAAUUAUUGAUGUUUUUGUGAAGUAUUUUUCAGUUGAAAUAAUAUGAUAACUUUUCUCUAAUUUAAUUUAGAUAAGAUGAACUAAAGAUUAAGAUCCGACAUAGAAGUUUGUUAGCUUUUUUUUUAAAAAAAAAAAUAAAAAAUCUGCAAUUUUAAUUACAUUGAGAUCAGAUGUAGAAGUUGGUUAGCUUUU